GAAGGAUUUUGGUGAAAAUGAACUUUUUGCUUAGAAAUAACCAGAAUUCAGCUCAGCAGCUGCCGUCUAUUAAGGAGACUCAUGCAGCAAUCAAUUAUGUGUCAAAAGGGGCUACAACUUUAGGAGGACUAAUUUCUGAGGAACCAUUUACAGGAACCCCGCCUCCAGUAACUCACAAUGUAGAAGGUGAUGAAUUUGGGGAUAUGGACAACAAGAUAGCAGUUCCAGAUGAAAAUAAUGGCUCUCAAGUUGAUAGCCAUAUAGACGUUACAGAAGAUGCUGGAUUGAUAAUUAUUCCAUCUAAAGAAAUUCCUGACAAUUGGUUCGGGGCACCAGACAUCUUUUCAUUUCGGUCACUUGAUCGCAACUUUGUUUUUCCUGGCGAACAAAUUGGAAUUCUUGCAUGCCUGUCUGCCUAUAAACAGGACACAGAAAUAAUUACACCAUUUAAAGUUGCCGCUGUCAUGAACAAAAAUGGUAUUGGAGAGAGGUCCACGAAACAAAAUGGAAGCAUCGAAGGAGAAACAAGCCCAGGUACUCAGUCAUUGAGGGCAGGUUCUGAAGACCGAGAUAAUCAACAUGGUGAACAUGUGAUGGAAGGAAAUACUGAUUCGCAUAAGGAUAUCUCUGCUGGGGAAUCUCUUCUUAGGAUGGAAGAUCACAGGAGACAGACUGAACAAUUGCUACACAGAUUUGAAAAUUCACAUUUUUUUGUGCGAGUUGCAGAGUCAGAUGAACCACUUUGGUCCAAGAGAAGAGCUCAAGAACGCUUUCUGAAAUCUUCAACUGCAUUCGAGGAACAACUGAAUGAAGAGUCCUCAGAAACCCUAACAGCCACUAGAAUGAAUAAUUCACUAAGUGUUUCAAUUGACAGAGGACACUUUGAUGCUCGCACAUCUGGUGGACUGGCAAGAGGCGCUGUCAACUGCAGGGCCCUUUCAAAUGGAGACAUAGUGGUGCUUUUACAUGUGAAUGUUGGUGUUCAGUUUGUUAAGGAUCCGGUCCUGGAGAUUCUUCAAUUCGAGAAGUAUGAGAAAACAAAGCCAGCCCUUGUGAAGCAGGAUAUUCCUACUGCUCUGAAUCAAGAUCCUUAUGGCGAGUUACUCAAAUGGUUGCUACCUUUAGAAAAUUCUGUUCUUCCUCCACCUCGCCCUUUGUCCCCUCCCACAUUAAGUACUAGUUCGAGUAUUCGGAGCACACCCUCAAAACCCAUAGUGUCCGGGUCUUCAGGCUCUCAGCUUUUUUCUUUUGGUCAUUUUAGAAGUUAUUCCAUGUCCUCGCUUCCACCUAAUUUGUCACCACCCCCAGCUAUGCCUCCCAGCACCACCAAACCUGCCUUUGAUCCGGAAGAUUGGAAUCAGUUUUCUUUCAAACAGUUUGUCGAAAGUGGGAAAAGUGGAAAAGAAGGAUUGCUGUCUUUCCGUGGUGUGCCAUUGCAGCAGGAGAGAUUUUCUGUUCGGUGUGGUUUGGAAGGAAUUUUUACACCAGGAAGAAGAUGGAAAAGAAAGGUUGAAUUAAUUCAGCCCGUAGAAAUUCGUUCCUUUUCUGUUGAUUGCAACUCGGAUGAUCUUCUUUGCGUCCAUGUGAAGAAUGUUUCUCCUUCACAUGUACCGGAUAUGGUGGUGUAUAUAGACGACAUAACAAUAAUUUUUGAAGAGGCAGCACAAGGUGGACCACUAUUAUUUCUGCCAAUUGCUUGCAUUGAAUCUGGAAGUGGAUACUGUUUACCUAAUUUAGCACUCAGGAGAGGUGAAGAACACUCUUUCAUUCUCAAGCCAGCUACUACUUUGUGGAGGCACUCCAAGGGUCAAAAUGAUAGUGACUCACGGCCAUCGGGCUUGCCCGCUGGAAAUGCCUCAUCAAACUGGCAAAACGUGUCCAAUAUUGAAAAUAAACAUGGUGGAUCACUUACUGAUCAGUAUGCAGUUCUGGUUUCAUGUCGAUGCAAUUAUACCGCAUCAAAGUUGUUCUUUAAGCAACGGACCAGCUGGAGGCCCCGAAUUUCAAGGGAUCUUAUGAUAUCCGUGGCAUCUGAAAUGUCAACACAAACUCUUGGAUCUGAUGGAACAAAGCUUCCAGUUCAGGUCUUAACUCUUCAAGCAUCUAAUAUGACACCGGACAAUCUGACUCUAACAGUUCUUGCCCCAGCUUCAUUCACUUCUCCCUCUGUAGUGCCUUUGAGUGGUUCGCCUACCUCACCUUUGAGUUGGUUUUCUCCUUCUGCUGGGUUAAUUGAGAGGGUGAACACUGAUACGCAAGGACAAAAGGUAGAAGAUGGGCCGGUAUCUGAAGCUCCAAACAGUGAUCUGGGUUGCACCCAUUUAUGGUUGCAGAGUAGAGUUCCACUGGGAUGUGUUCCUUCUCAAUCUAUGGCAACCGUCAAGCUUGAAGUACUUCCGCUGACUGAUGGUAUAAUCACCCUUGAUUCUCUACAGAUAGAGGUUAAGGAGAAAGGACUGACUUAUAUACCCGAGCAAUCUUUGAAGAUAAAUGCAACUUCAAGCAUUGCCACUGGUGUACUGUGA